CUAAACAAGGCUGCGCCUGUAUCCUUGGCUAGCUCAGAAGAGGCUUCGCAGAUUGCUCAACUGGAAAUGUCGCACGCGCAGGCUGAAAGCGUCAUCAAGAACAUUAUUCGGGAAAUUGGACAAGAAUGUGCCAGCAAAGGACAAGCGGUUUCUGAAACCCUCGUUGCAUUUAUUGUAAAAGCUGUUGUUCUGGAUUCAAGAAAUGAAUUUAAUGUUGACCGAACCCUUACAAAAAAUGAUGUCCAGAAACUCAUAAAGCUCUGUGUAGAUAGGCUGUUGGAUCAAAAAAGUCCCUCUUUAGACACAAUCAAAAUGCAGGUUUAUUUUGAUAUGAACUACACAAGCAGAGGUGAGUUUUUGGAUGAGCACCAUAGUGUCCUGGAGUCCAGAAUGGCCCCUGUGUGCAGGGAGAUCACAGACAGCCGUGCCCGAUCACGUGAUGAACUUGAGACCCUCUACCGCAAAAUUGUCAGCUUUGUGCUUCUACGUUCUGGUCUUGGGUCACCCACUGAUAUCAGCACAGUACGAGAGGCAACAGCUGCUUUACAGAGCAUAUUCCCUCAGUCUGAACUGGGCACCUUCUUGGGCCUUAAUAAAAAGGAUAAAGAACGGCAGUUAAAUGAACUCACUAUGAUUGUCACUGGAAUCCGCCUCUUCAAUAAGGACUCUGGAAAAGGAGGAGAAAGUAUUGAUAACUUGCCAGCAAUUUUAAAUGAGGCCAUCCCAGCAGCCAGUAAACACUAUGAAGCAGAGAUGAAAUUAUCUCUAAACCUUGCACAACGCUAUACUGCCCUGAUGGAGAAGUUAGCUUCUGAAGACUCGGAAAAAGAUCAGAAUGUGCAGACUGACCUGAUGAAACAGGCUCUCUAUAAUGUCCGACAGCAUAUUGUUUUCUUGCGGAUUAUUAUGUCUGAGAUAAUUACAUGUGCACAGCAAGUUGAAUCACUACAGCAACAGUUUGGAGUGAGGAUGGAGCAGUUGAAAUCAACAGUGCGCACAAAAACUGCAGUUCCUACUGCUCAAGUGUAUCCCCAUUUCAUAGCAUUGUCACAUCUAUGGUCUGCAUUCCAAGAUGAGAUGGUUCUCCUGACUGUUUUCAGCAACAUAGCAGCCAAUCUUGAGCCUUUCCUGUGCCUGCACUCACAGCUCUUCCCUGACAGCACAAUAGAUCAGCUUUUGGAGGGCACCGAGGUAAAAACAGAUGAACAAAGAAUUGAAGAAACAUCAGGUGAUCGAAUUGACCCUUCUGAUUAUAAAAAACAGGACUGGUUCUUCCCUGAGACAACUGCUAACUUUCAUCAUUUGCCACUUCAGUACAGGGGAAUUUGUGGUUAUACCCUUGUUGAAAAGGAUGGCCUGCUAUUUUCAGGUAAUCCAAACACUGGAAUUUUGAAGUACAAGGAGAAAUACUACAGCUUCAGCUCAAAGGAGGCAGCACAAGCAUUUGUUGAAAAUCCAGAGAAAUAUAUAGCUGCUGUGACAGAGAUUGCAAAACAACAUGCUGAGCUCAUUCAGUUGCUGGAGUUGCAGCAUCAGUUUGCAUCUGUUACUCCCUAUACAGAGGUUAAAGAAGGAGACAAAGUAAUAGUAAAGCCAAUUACAAAGUGCGACAGUAGCACUCAGACAGACACCCAUCUGCUGCCUUCAAAUAUUGUCAAGUCAUAUGAAUGGAAUGAGUGGGAACUCCGCAGAAAGGCAAUUAAACUGGCAAAUUUGAGGAAUAAAGUAACUCACUCAAUGCAGACAAAUCUCAGCCAUUUGAGGAGAGACAACACGUCCCAAGUAUACUUACCAAAGCACAUGGCUACGCAAACCAAGGCAACUGGUACAAGUAAUGUACCUCAACCUAAGAUUUACUUGGCUGGCCUGCGUGGAGGAAUGUCUAAAACAACACAAAUGGUGAAAAUGAAUUUAACUCAAGAUUAUUAAUGAAUGAUUAUGUUUUUAUUCUUUUCAUAUCUUUCAGAAGAAACACUGUUAUAAAAUAUAGAUUAAAUAUGUAUGUAUUUUGUAACUUAUUUUGUAAGUUUAUUCUAACAAAACUACUGUAUGUUUUCUAAUGGAUUUUACUAUUAAGGUCACAUAGCAGCAAAGUGAGAAGCGUACACAUAAAAACACAUCCCCCACAACACAUUUAAUAAUAAUAAACUCAGAGCCACCAGCCAAACUAGCCUCUGUCUCUUUGGGAUGUCGGAAGAAACUGUCGAUAUUUCAAAUGAACACAGGAAAACAUAAGCUACAUACAGACAGUUCUUAGGCUUUAAAUCCAAUCUUUUAGAGCUGUGAAGCAGUAAUACAGACUGCUGCAUUACCCAGAAACCUCCCACCCAGAACUACAGAAUCUUGCCUCUGCUUGGACAGGUCAAUGUCUGUUCAGGCCCUCUCAUAUCAUCUUGUGGUAAUACUUGGCUCGUGUGAACAUCCAAAUGAUCUACUUAGAGAAUAAUGUUUUACUUUUAACAAUAAUAUGCAUGGUUUAUACAAAUUACUGUACUUUUUCUACACAUUGAAAACAGUUUACUGAAUACUUGUUCAAAAACAUAUGAAAUAAAUUUUCUAUGUACUCUAAUUUAUAUAUUUUAUAAACAUCUUUAAAAUGUUUAAAGAUCCUAUAUUGUCACAAAAACCCUUCACAAUAAAAAAUACAUAUUUUGGAAAAUUAACUUUUAGUAUGUUAUUACUUCCACCUAGAAGAUUUAAUUGCACUGGUGGAACAUCUGUUCACUAAAAGUGACCUCUACCUUCCUUGGAAAAUGCUUCUCCCUGCUUUCUUACAUUUUAUCUCGUUAUUUUCAUUGAGCUGCCACAGGAUCCUUACCAUUUCAUUUCUCCAUGAGCCUUCCUGCUCUUCUUAACUCAUUCUGCAUUUCUCUUCAUGGUUUAGCCUUUUACUUUAAUUCCGAAAUUGAUUCAGGAAUUGAUUCAGUGCCUGAAAUGAUCUCUGGCACAUCAUUUAUUGUCUCUUUUCUCAUUUUCAUUGACUAUGACAUUUCUGACCUGCCCUGUAACAAUAGGCCCACCUCCUGAAUGCUGAAUCUCAUUUUGUACAUUUCCUUCAGUUCACUUCUCCUCGUCUAAUUGCAUACUUUUGUUUUUAGCUUGUCACUAUGCAUGUUGUGCCUUUCUUUUAGACUUCAAGUAAUAUCAUACGAUUAUCAAAAGGCCUUAUCUUAGUUUGACUGAUCUGGUAAUACUGUCAGUCUUCCUUUGGCCACUUUAUAUCAAAAACACAGGAGUGCACUGCUGAACAACAUUUGUCUUUGUUUUCACUGGAAAAACAGUCCUAAAGAUCCUAACUAGUCUGGUUUCUGCAGACAACAUGCUCCAAAAAGUCACAGAUACUUUUUACUCAGGUUAACAACCUUUUGCAUUAGAAUGUACGAACUUGUUAUUUUUCUUGAGAAUAAACAUUACAUGUUUUCAAUAUAACACUUACAAUCUACCAGCCUUACCUUUUAUCUUCACUGGCAUGGCUCUGCUUUGACACUGCCUCCUGCCUCUGCUCUCUGCAUAGAUCUUUGUAAGAGGUCUUUGUACUGCCUCAACAUAACUAGUAACUGUUCCUCCUCCUC